AUGGGCAAAAAAGACAAGGGUGAGAAAAAAAAGUCUAAAGAGGACAUUGCAGAGGCACAGCACAGCAGAGAUUUUGUUAUAAAAUCGUCUACGGAAGAAGCUAAGUUGGAUACUUCGGAAUGGCCUUUGUUAUUAAAGAAUUUUGAUAAAUUGAAUGUGCGGACAAACCAUUACACUCCUCUUCCGGAAGGUUGUUCCCCGCUCAAACGUGGUAUUAAGGACUAUGUUUCAUCUGGGUACCUUAAUUUGGAUAAGCCAGCAAAUCCUUCUAGCCAUGAAGUGGUAGCUUGGGUGAAAAGGAUUCUUCGGGUGAAUAAGACAGGGCAUAGUGGGACUUUGGAUCCUAAAGUUUCUGGCUGUCUGAUAGUUUGCAUAGACAGAACGACUCGUUUGGCGAAAUCUCAACAGGGUGCUGGGAAAGAAUACGUUUGUAUAUUCCGUCUACAUAAUGCAGUGGAAUCUGAAAAGAAGAUACGUCAAGCGCUUGAAAAACUUACUGGUGCUCUUUUUCAAAGGCCGCCUUUAAUAUCUGCGGUAAAGCGACAGUUGAGAGUUAGGACAGUUUAUGAGAAUAAGCUGAUAGAAUAUGAUCCGGCUCAAAAUAUGGGAAUAUUUUGGGUUAAAUGUGAAGCAGGUACUUAUGUGCGAACGCUCUGUGUACACCUAGGUUUAAUUCUUGGUGUUGGCGGGCAUAUGCAAGAACUUCGACGUGUGCGGUCAGGGAUUAGUGGAGAAGCUGAUCAGUUAGUUACGAUGCAUGAUGUUCUUGAUGCGCAAUAUCUUUACGACCAUUUUAAUGAUGAAAGUUAUUUACGAAGGAUCAUUCGUCCGCUCGAAGCUCUUCUUAUUAGCCACAAGCGUGUCGUAGUUAAAGACAGUGCUGUAAACGCAAUAUGUUAUGGAGCAAAAAUUUUAUUACCUGGUGUUUUACGUUUUGAAGAUGGUAUCGAACUUAACCAGGAAAUAGUGAUUGUAACGACAAAGGGGGAAGCCAUCUGUAUCGCUGUGGCGCUGAUGACUACUUCAACUAUGGCAAUCACUGAUCAUGGUAUUAUUGCGAAAAUAAAGCGAGUGAUAAUGGAAAGAGAUACCUACGCUCGCAAAUGGGGGCUGGGUCCCAUCGCGCUAAAAAAGAAAAUUGACCAAGGCCUCCUGGGGAAGUUCGGCAAACCGAAUGAGAAGACUCCAGCAGACUGGCGCUCAGCGUUUUAUGACUUGUCUGUUCCACAACAAACUAGUGAAGCAAAAGAAGUAGAGAAACCUGCUGAAAAACCUAAACCAGAAACGGUAUGCUUGAAAUAUUGGGUGGACAUGUUACAGGAGAGCAAUGAAGACUUUGGAUGA